GGGACAGUUGAAAAGUGAGUGGCAGUUGGGCAGAGGGGCCCUGAGGUAAACGCUGUGGGAGACUGACUUGCUGUGAGGGGACAGCUGGCAGGACAAGUGAGUGAGAGCAGAGUUUGAGCUGUGACCCUCUCAGGAGUCCUGGUGACGUCGGGCGUAAGGGGUCACUGAUCCGCCCCAGAGGGCAAGUAGAUGUAGAGCCCAUCGACCGAGGACCAGUACAGAGGAAUGGCCUGCUCCAAUUUGAUAGCUGCAGGCUGAGAAACUGAGAGAGGCAGAUUGUGAGGCGGAGCCACUCGCCAUAUAAGGCUGCAGGAGGUCAGUUACUGCCCAGACAACUGGAGAGAGCAAUGAAAGAUGGAGAAAAGGCUCAGACAGAGAUAUUAGUCUCUAUGGCGAGCAUGCUUUCUGCUUAGCAGGGCAGAUGGCUGUGUAGGUCACUGAUAUAUAUAUAAGAGGCAGCCUUUGGAAAAUCAAACAAAACCUGGAAAGAGAAAUCCUUCACUGAUAUCUGUUUAGGUUCCAGUGGUCCAAAACCAAGCACAAGCCAUGUCUGGAGUCAAGGGAGGUCGUGGACAGCGUCAGGAACAUCAACAUCAUCACCAUCAUCAUCAUGAACACAGUGAACAGAAACAGGACCAACGUCUUCCAGUAGUUGACCUACCAUGUCAAGACCAAGUAGUCACACCACAACCUGCUCCACAGUGUGUGACACCACAACCUGCUGCUCCUCAGAUUGUGACACCACAACCUGCUGCUCCACAGUGUGUGACACCACAACCUGCUCUUCCUCAGAUUCUGACACCACAAGCUGCUGCUCCACAGUGUGUAACACCACAACCUGCUCCUCCUCAGAUUGUGACACCAGAACCUGCUGCUCCACAGUGUGUAACACCACAACCUGCUCCUCCUCAGAUUGUGACCCCACAGUCUGCCGCUCCACAGUGUGUGACACCACAACCUGCUGCUCCUCAGAUUGUGACACCACAACCUGCUGCUCCUCAAUAUGUUACACCACAACCUUUUGUUCCUCAGUCUUACCAGAGCUCCGUGAAGGGAGGACGCAAGAACUAGAGGCACCACCAGUGAAGAAGAUUGGCCCUGCCACCAUACUGUUACUUGAGCAUGUUAAAUUAUUUGAUUCCUAUAAUCAUGUUACCAGUACAAUUCAGCUUAAAUUGAAUGAAUCAAA